AGGAACCCCAAUCCCCCCUUCCUGAGCCCCCGCCGGCUGCUAGGACCCAGCAGCUGUCCCCGUGGGACUGCCCCGGGCGCAGGCAGUGCAGGCAGCGCUGGGAGUGACAGCUGGUGCCAUCCGCAGCUGGCGGGCUGCAGGCAAACAGGAUGACGAGCGGGUGACGGGAGCGGGAAGGGGGAGCGUGGCCUCACACAGGGCCGGCAGCCCCGCUUCUGCUGCGGGAGCAACACCAGCAAGCAGGACCUCAGGGAGGAGAGGAGCAUCACUCAUCUCCCCAGGAGCAAAGGCAAGGAGAAGGUCCAGCCAUGGUUAUGGUGGGGUUACCCUCUCUGGGACGCAGGAGAAGAGCCCUUGCUGCCCAGGCAGCAGAGCUGCUGGCUUAGCCCUGGAGGAGGAUGCCGAGCUGGACAGGGUCAAACACCACGGACAGCCUAGAGCUGCUCUCCAUCCCCAAGCACUCCAUUGCCCAGGAGGUGGUGGGCCUCUUCUGCAUGAUCCUGCUCACCCUCACCGCCCUGGUGGCCAACAUCGUGGUGAUGGUCAUCAUCCUCAAAACGCCCCUUUUCAGGAAGUUCAUCUUUGUCUGCCACCUCUGUGUGGUCAACCUCCUCUCAGCUAUUUUCCUCAUGCCCCUGGGGAUCAUCUCCAGCUCCUCCUGUUUCAACUGGGUUAUCUACAGCAUUGCUGAGUGCAAGGCCGUGAUAUUCCUGAACAUCUGCUUCAUCAGUGCCUCCAUUCUCACCAUCUGUAUCAUCAGCGUGGAGCGGUACUACUACAUUGUCCACCCCUUGAGGUAUGAGGUCAAGAUGACCAUCAGGCUGGCGGUGGCUGGAGUGGUUUUCAUUUGGGUCAAGUCUGUUCUCACCACUGUCUUGGCACUAGUGGCGUGGCCUCAUGGCAAUGGGGCCACCAGUGCCAGCCACUGCACAGUCUACUGGAGCCCCGGGGCCCACAAGAAGGUUUUUGUGAUCCUCUUCAGCAUCACCUGCUUUAUUCUGCCCACCCUCAUCAUCCUUGCUGUCUACUCCAGCAUCUACCGCGUGGCCCGGACUGCGUCCCUGCAGCAGGCACCUGUGCCAGCACAGGCAGUGGCACCCAGACACCGAUGUGACUCCAUCGCCAGCCAAGUGACCAUCCUCACUGCCAGGAUCCUGAUGCUGCCCAGGCUGAUCCCAGAUCGCCUUCUAGGAAGCAACAAGGCCAUCCUCACCUUGGUCCUCAUUGUGGGACAAUUCUUGUGCUGCUGGCUGCCUUUCUUUGCUUUCCACUUGCACUCCUCUGUCACUGUUGGCACUGUGGGUGGUGGGCACGGGGAGAUGGUGGUCACCUGGAUUGCCUACUCCUCCUUUGCCGUUAAUCCUUUCUUCUAUGGGUUGCUGAACCGCCAAAUCCGGGAGGAGCUGGCCCGGCUCCGUCGCAGAUGUCUAAACCAUCCACUUGGUCAGGAGAUCUGUCUUUCCAUCUCAGAGGCUUCUGUUCAGGAAAACUUCUUGCAGUUCCUCCAGAGAGCAACUUGCACACUGGAGACUCACACCAGCUGCAUCAGCCCCAGCCCCAGGAAUAGGCUGGACCAGACCACAACGGGCUUCCCCACCCCGGGUCAAGUUCCUGAAGAGAGCAGCUGAGAAGGCGGCUCUGUCCCACUGUGCUGGGCAGGAGACCUGCCAGGGACCCAUCAGACCUGCUUGGACCCAAUCUCUUGGAUUUGGAGGAGUCCUUGUGCAGGUUUUGCCUCUUCUCUGAGCUUAUGGUAAAAGAUGGUUUCUCCGCUGGGAGAAGGUAGCAGAUCUGAGGAAGUCACAUCUCUCUUCUGCAGGCUGGAAUUGUCUCUGGCUCCACCAGCACAGCCCAGUUCAGGGAUGGGCUCUUCUCAGGACGUGGAGUGCCAGGGGCCUCCUGUGCAGGGCCAGGGAUGGGACACCCCCAUCUCCAUUGCCCGGUGGGAGCACGCCUGGCCAGCGGGGAAGGGCCGAUGUCCCUUGUACCCUAUCCAGGAGCAACGUUCCAGCUAAUGCCACUAACACCAGUAACACCAGGGCCCUGAGCCCCCUGUGAGCCUGGAUGGCAGACACGGAGCCCCCAUCCUCGGCUGUUUAACCCAAAACUAACGCCUGUGUGGAGCAGCUUCUGCUCCCUGUGACACUGAUCGGGGGACACACCCACAGGGCUGGCUCUGGGUGUGUCACUGUUUGUCCUGCUGGCAUGGCAGCGCACAAUGCCCUCUGUCCCUCUCAGCUGGCAGUGAUCACCCCUCUGGGGGGGAACUGGCUGUCUGGGGGCUCAUGCCAGGCUGUUUAUGGACACAGCUGCCCAGUUUAAAGCCCGGUCAGCAGUGCCAGGUGCCAGCCGAUUUGGGCUGCUAGCCAAGGGCACGCUGGGCUGGACAUGGUGACACAGGGUGGUGGGGGGGUGGCUGUGUGGGCUGCCCCAGGGCAGCAGCAGCCAGAGGGGAUCAGGACCUGCUGUUCCUCUUCAGUCUCAUUGCUUUUGAAGGGCUUAGGGACACUCUCAUAGGGUCCUCCCUGCUUGAAAGGGGACUGGACCCUUUUGGGGAAUGCUGCAGGGGUACAUCACCCUCUGCCCUCCCACAAAGGUCCCAGGGAUGGUGUUGGCACGGUGGGUUGGAGGAUUCCUACUCCAGUAGUAACUGCAGGUGUGAGGGAAAACUGCCUUAUGGCCUCUCUUAACUCCCCUGUGGCAGGGAGGGGCUCCAGGAAGAUCCUCAGAGAGAUGGGGCUGAAGGCCAGCAUCCCCCCCUAGACACAGGGAUGCCCUUCCAGCCACCACCAAGUACCCAGGAGCUGGGACCACCCCUGCUCUGGGGGAAGUCUCCACCCAGGGUAGGGAAUAUAAUUAUUAUUAUUAUUGUUAUUUCUUGUAAAUUUUAUCUUUUUAUUAAACCAUUGAUAAGUUACAAAGGA